GACUUUUGUUGACCGCAUCAAACGGACGGUCACGAAGCCUUCCUCUCCCCAAUGAUCGGAUUGAUUGAACGGUUCUGAUCACCCACAAUCUAUUGGGAACCUCCCAUUCAACUCGCGGGACUCCCCCCCCGUGCCCUCUCCUCCUCUCCGUGCGAGCAGGCGCAGAAAAAUAAGAGCGGGAUAAACACGGAGAGAAGAGGAGGAGGAGGAGGAGGAGGAGGGGAAAAAGGCGAGAGCUUGGGAUUUCUGGGUCUGAUCGAUAGAUCGGAGCCGUAGAUCGGAGAACAGACAGCCAGAUUUCCCCCAUCGGUCCCCGAAAAUGAACCUCUUCCGGUUAGCGGGCGACAUGACACAUCUGAUGAGCGUCAUCGUCCUUCUCCUCAAGAUCCACACGAUUAAAUCCUGUGCCGGUAUUUCAUUGAAGACCCAAGAGCUUUACGCUCUUGUUUUUGCUACUCGUUAUUUGGAUAUUUUUACAGAUUUUAUCUCACUCUAUAAUACAAUCAUGAAGUUAAUUUUCUUGGCGAGCUCGUUCUCAAUUGUCUGGUAUAUGAGACAACACAAGAUUGUCCGUAGAUCUUAUGAUAAGGACCAAGACACCUUUCGCCAUCAUUUUCUAAUAUUGCCAUGCCUGCUUUUGGCCUUGUUUAUAAAUGAGAAAUUCACCUUUAAGGAGGUAAUGUGGACAUUCUCCUUGUAUUUGGAGGCAGUUGCAAUACUUCCUCAGCUGGUUUUACUGCAGAGGACAAGGAAUAUUGACAACUUGACUGGGCAAUAUGUUUUUCUCCUAGGUGCAUACAGAGCAUUGUAUAUCCUCAACUGGAUUUAUCGCUACUUCACCGAGCCACACUAUAUUCAUUGGAUAACUUGGAUAUCUGGACUAGUGCAGACAUUGCUUUAUGCUGAUUUCUUUUAUUAUUACUUCAAUAGCUGGAAGAACAAUGUCAAGCUUCAAUUACCUGCUUAACUGCAUCUCAGACUUCAGAUAUCAGGGCUGCAAGUAGAACAUGAAUUAUUAUCGAUUCAUAUAGGAAUUUCUUUGUUUUACUUGGGUGCAUUAACAUCCGUGAUCAUGGGUUAUCAUGUUGGGAUUCUUUUUGGUCCAGGAGUGGCAUCUACAAUCAUCGAUCAUCAGUCUGGAAAAAAGCAUUUCUUAUCUGUUGGCUGUAUUACUUUUUUGUGCGACCAUCAGAAAUAUCUAUAGCAAGCUUUUAUCUGUAAACUAUACAUAAUCAUGUAAUUUUCCAAAUUAGAAUGCAACAUAUAAGUUUCUCAGUUAUGAUUUAUUACUU